AUGUGGCGCGGCAGCACACCGGUAUCUUCUUCCGAGCGAUGGCGCCCGUUUUUCUCAUCACGCCUAAAGGAAUAUCUUGACCGCUACUGGGCUGUGGUGUUUACUGUUGGCGCACGCCCCAUUGAGACCGGUCACCUGCGCCACUACGUGGCCUGGUACUGCACCCGGCUGAAGGUGGUGCAGCUAGACCACCACAUUCACGCCGACGCGCUCCGCAGGCAGCUUCUGGAGGUGAGCGAAACCCCUGAGCUGCCGCUGUUGUUUGUGAACAAAAAGUUGGUUGGGACGCUCCACGAUGUACACGAGUUGGAGAAGGCGAAGAAGUUGAAGGAUGUGCUGCACUUUGGGUUUGAGUGGCGGGUGGGUGGCGGUGACGUUGGGGAGCGGCCGCUGCAGGGCUCGUUACCGGCGCCAUAUGGAGACACGGAGCUGUUUCGUGGACGCUACCGUGGAGCCCCCGUGGCGAGACCGGUGAUGGCGCUGCCGAAGCUGCAUCCUUUUGAUUCUCGUUCGGACGAAUGA